GCAAUGCGCGGUCACGUGGUAUCACAAGGACGGCCAUGUUUCCGAAACACAAACAACAAGAAGAGAAGGAGCGACUCGGAGCAGCAGACACACAUUGAUACGCAGCAGCGACCGUUGGAGGAGGAGAGUGAGCGCGAGAGGAAACCUAAUAACCACACCGCAGAUUUUCCUGAAAGUACUAUUCUGUCGAAUGAAUACGUUUACAGUGUUUAAAGAGACCAAUGCAUACCAUAUAUUGGCUGUAGGCACGCCGUGCGGACAUAAACACAAGUGGUGCAAAGGGAGGAGAACAGGAAGUUAAGGAGUUACCUGGAGGGUCUCCGUCAUCCACAUUUCAGCUGGAGCGAGAGAAACGGCACAGAGGGGAGAGAAAGGAGAGGAGAGUGGUGUCUGCUGUCGGCAGCUGUUCCAGCAGCCCAUCCUGUUGUCUCCGCUGUCAUUUAGACUUUUUUUUUCCUUUUUUGGAUGAGUCUGUUUAUAUUUUAACUUUAAUGUGAGAUACAACUGCUGUAAAACAACAGAAAAGAACAUCAUUACUUCUAUAGUGUUUUAUUUUUGUUCCACUGUUGGUUUCUGAGGUUUUUUUGUUUUUUAUUAUAUUUUUUGGUCUUUUUUUGUUUUUUUGUUUCGGGGCUGUGAGUAGCAGGAGCUUCCAUUGUCCAAACGAAUGAUCAGAACCCUUCCUGUACCUAGUUAGGACCUGAUAACCUGCUAACCCUCAAGCACCUGAACCUGGCAGCUAUUAUCUCUGUGACCACAGCUUAAGCACCACUCAGCCUUCUAGUCACCUACGCCUAACUAAAGCCAGCUCAGUCCAGCCUGCUCCGAUCACCUGGACCGGAUACUCAGUUCUGUGUGGACGUGAGGAAUAUGACUGCUGAGACUCUUAACUUCGGCCCAGAAUGGCUUCGUGCACUGUCCAGUGGGGGGAGUGUAACGUCUCCCCCUCCUUCCCCCGCCAUGCCAAAGUACAAGCUGGCCGAGUACCGCUACGGCCGAGAGGAGAUGUUAGCACUUUAUAUCAAAGACAACAAGGUCCCAGAGGACAUGCAGGAUAAGGAGUUUGCUGCUAUUUUGCAAGAUGAGCCCAUGCAGCCGCUGGCACUGGUGCCUCUGACCGAGGAGGAGCAGAGGAACUUCUCCAUGUCUGUGAACAGCGCAGCGGUUCUAAGGCUUAUGGGAAAGGGAGUGGUUGGUGCUGCACCAGCCGGGGUUGUCCGUGGACGAGGGGCCGCGCGAGGUGGUCGAGGCCGAGGCCGUGGAGAGAGUGGAUUCUACCAAAGAAGUAUUGAGGAGGCUGAAGUGGGAUUUGGUCGCAGCGUCAGAGAGAUCCACCGCAGCCAGAGCUGGGACGACCGGGGUGAGCGUCGGUUCGAGAAGCCUCUGCGGCGGGAGGUGGGGCGUCCUGGCUUUGAAGAAGCCGUGGGUCCCGGGGGUCCUGCCAGGAAGGAGUACACAAGGGCUGACAGCGAUAACUGGCGCACGCUCCGCGAAGAGCAGGAGGAGGAAGAGGGGGAGCCGGGCAGCAACUGGAGACACUCUGCGCCCCGCAGGGAUGAUGGUGGUCCUCGCUCAGCAGGCUGGCGGGACCACGCCGGUCCAGGAGAAGGCCGUCGCAGGAAGUUUGACUUUGACUUCCGGGAAUCGGAUGGUCACGGUGCUGGGCGCCGACGCGCAGGUAGUGAAGGGCUGGAGGAUGACCGGGACGGUCUGCCGGAGUGGUGCACGGACGAGGAGGAUGGAGAGAUGGGGACGUUUGACUCCUCUGGAGCCUUCAUGCCUCUGAAGAAGGGCGGUAAGGAGACAAUCCUGGAGGAGGAGUUGGACUUCAAGGGCAUCGAGGAGGAGGAGGAGGAGGAGGAGGAAGAGGAGGAGAUGCUGCCUGAUGUAGAUGGAAAGAGCGCAGAAGGAGACAAAGACAAGGAGAGUAAAGACGCCAUGUUUGCUGCAGGAGACGACAAGAUGAAGCCAGCAUCACCCCCUUUCUCUUCCUCGUCAUCCCCCACAACCCACUGUGCCCCUCCAUCACUGGUGUCCCAACCUGGAACUGCUGGUGCGCUGAUGGAGAUGUCGCAGCUGAGCACCAGCCACGCUCUGAAGGCCAGCAGCUCUCCUGCUGAUGACUUGGCUCCCAUCGGGGGCUCCAAGGUCCAGCUGAGCCCCCCGACCUCCACCUCCAGCCUACCUCCCCCACCCUCUUCCUCUGCUGCUCCUCUCCUCCCUCCCUCCGGGGGAGAUGCGGAGGACGAUGAAGGCAUGAAGCACCUGCAACAGGAGGCAGAGAAGAUGGUGGCGUCGCUGCAGGACACCUCCUUGGAGGAGGAGUGUUUCACCCAGGCUCUGCAGCAACAGGAGAGCAGGAACACAGCCGCUGCUCUGCCACUCACCCACGAGGCGGCCAUGAAGUGGUUCUACAAAGACCCUCAGGGGGAGAUCCAGGGUCCAUUCACCACAGUGGAGAUGUGUGAGUGGUUCCAGGCUGGUUAUUUCACCAUGACCCUGCUGGUGAAGCGGGGCUGCGACGAGGGCUUUCAGCCCCUGGGAGACGUCAUCAAGAUGUGGGGCCGCGUGCCCUUCGCCCCGGGCCCCUCCCCACCCCCCCUGCUGGUGAGACAACACCCACCGACGCAGCGCCCGCAGCCCAACCGGGGGCCCGCCGGGACUGUGAGUCAGACUUCUGCAGAGCCGCAAGAUGGGGAGGGGAGGAUGGACAUCAGAGGGGGCAUGAGGAGACAGGCUGGAAACCUGGACCAGGAGCGUCUGAAGAAGCAGCAGCAAGAGCUGGCAGCAGCAGCUCUUUAUCAGCAGCUCCAACAGCAGCAGCUAUUCCAGCUCAUCAAUAGGUGCAGUGAGCAGGGUAUAAUGCCUUCGAUGAACAGGUCGAUGUCAGUGCCAGAUACAGGGUCCAUGUGGGACAUGCAUACCUCAGCUUCACAGCCGUCAGGCGGUGAAGCCAGUCUUUGGGACUUAACAAUGAAUCCUUCUACUCAGGGUCCAACUCUUGAACAGCUUCAGAAGCUCCAGCAGGAGAGGAGAGACGCUGAACUCAGGGCGAAGCGGGAAGAGGAGGAGCGCAAACGAAGGGAGGAGAAGAGGAGGCAGCAGGAGGAGCAGAAGAGGAGGGAGGAGGAGGAGCUCUUCAGACGCAAACAGUGUCGUCAGCAGCAGGAGCUGAUCAUGAAGCUGCUGCAGCAGACCCCCCAGCAGCAGGGCCAGGGGGGCGGCGGCUCCAGCUGGAGCAGCGCUUCUUCAUCCGGGCUAUCAAAGGCAGCAAAGUCCCAGGCUCUGACUCUGCUGGAGAUGCAGCAGCAGAGAGCCCAGCAGCAGAGACACUCCAGCAUGUCCAUGGGGAGCUCCUCCAUGAGCGGGCAGUGGGCCGAGGGUAUGGGCAUGUGGGGCAGUCCCGGUCUGGAGGGGAAGGCUGGGAGCGGAAGCUCUUCUGGGAGCAUGGGGAUGUGGGACGAGGCUGUGAAGAGCCAGGCUGGUCUCCGUGGCAACAACAACCUGGGUCUGAAGAACAGCCGCAGCAGCCCGUCUCUCAGCGAUCAGUACUUGAUGCGUCGUAAGCGGACGGAGGAGGAGGAUAAGCUGCUGAAGCUGCUGCAGGGCAUGAAGCCUCAGGACGGCUUCACCACCUGGUGUGAACAGAUGCUGCACGCUCUCAACACCUCCGCCAACAACUCCUCCUCUCUGGAUGUUGCCACCAUCGUGGCGUACCUGAAGGAGGUGGAGUCUCCCUAUGCAGUGCUGGAUUUCAUCCGGUCCUACCUUGGGGACACAGUGGAAGCCAAAGAGUUCGCCAAACAGUUUCUUGAGCGACGUGCCAAACAGAAAGCCAACCAACAGAGACAGCAGCAGCAGUUAUCAAAGGAAGUGGGUGGAUUGAACAUGAACUUCCCUCUGCAGGACUCGAUGCGAGGUAUGAACCCAAGCACGCUGCAGUCCAUGUUUCAGGCCAACCACAUGGGCAAAGCUGGUCUCUAUGACAACCAGGGGGUGAAGAUGAAGAAGAAACAGCCCAUGAUGCUGCACUCUGACCCCAGCAUCUUAGGGUACUCAUUCCACAACCCAGGCGAGUGUCUGAGCUUGAAUGAGAUGGAGAUGCUGGAGGAUUACUGAUGUGACGCAGCGCAGCAGCAAUAGCUACCUGAGGCCUUUCUGUCUUUUAAUCAGACAAACCUGAUGACGAAUGUGCACUGCUGGGGGAACCUAGGGGGUGGGGGGGU